AUGUCCCAGGAGGGAGAUGUAGAGGGCUCCAGCACAGAGGACCGUGUUGUCUGUUCCCAACACAGAUAUGGGCUUUACCAGGAAGAUGUGACACAAAGAGCCAGCUCCGUGCCAGGCCUGAAACCAGAGGCCCAGGUUUGGUCUCGCAGUAGGAAGAGGGUUCUCAAGGAGGAGACCCACAGAGGUUUGAGCUCCAGGGCUAGGUCAGAUGCUGGGGCGAGCCUGGGGCUCUCAGAACCAGCUGUGGGGCAGAACCAGGAUUCCACGCCUGGCCCCAUGCUCCACAUGCAGCUGCCCACUGUGACUUCCUGUGGGACACCUUGGGCCUCCAAGAGGCUCCAUGUUUCCCUGUAUGAUGUCUUAGCUACCCACUGCCUCGAGAGUCUUCAUAGCAUAUCACCAGAUCUCACAAAGACAGCACUAGUAGGAAUAGAGAGGCCAGCAGGGGUGGAAGGGGCCAGCUGCCUCAGGUGCAGAGAGGCCAAAGAAGAAGGCCUGGGGUCUCCAGGAGGCAGUGGAAGAAGCCCCCUACACAACAAAGAGAAGCUCCCUGGAAGGAGUCUGCUCUCCUCUCCUGGCCUAGCCCCUAGGAGGGCAAAAAAGAAAAGCAGGAAGUGUUCCCAGGGUGGGGAGGGGGCUGGUGGCUUCUUGAGGCUUGGUCAGAGCCCUGGUGGGGACAGUCAGUCUGUGGGAGGCCCCCCAAAAGUCUGUGCUGACCUUGAGUCCUUGGGAGGCCCCAGCAGGCCUCUGUCUUCCAAGGACAUUGGGCCAGGAGGAAGCUGGGUGGGAUGUACCAAAGUGGCUGAGGUGUUUGAAUGCUUUCCGGCCACAGGGGUUGCAGCCCAGCCAGGCAGCCCCCAGGGCCCUUUUGAGUUCCCAGUGGCCUGUGGAGGACAGUCCCACAAUCUGGCCACACAGGGUCCUGUAUUGUGUCUUGGAGGGCCAGGUCUGGCUUCUACAGAGCAGUUGGAAGUACAGCCCGAGGUGGGGGCUGGCAGCAAGGAAGGCCUUUUUAAUUCACACAACCAGGAGGGGCCAGAGAUCCAGGCCCAGCCAGUGUCCAGGAAGAGGCCAGGGCAAGGACUCACUAUCACCACUGACACCUGUGUCAGCUCCACCAAGCCCUUGGGUGGCCUCAGCUCCUCCCUGGAGGCUGCUGACAGCAAGGCCUGCACAGGCCCAGUUGUGGGACAGAGAAAUUUCAAGAGCACUAAGAAGCUAAGGAGAGGUCCCGAGUCCUGUGCCCAAGAGCAGCGCAUGGACGGAAGCCCAGACAACCCCAGCCAGCAUGGCCCAGAUGAAACAGGCUGCCCCGGACAGACAUUGGAUUGUACCCAACUUCUUUUUGUAACAAAUGCCAGCCCAGUGAACAGGGUGCAGCCUUUCAAAAAGAGCAUCUUCUGUGACUUCCCUGCCCGGGAGUCACUGGAUCCUUUGGAUUCUAAUCUCUGCACCCUCUUUCUCUCCAAGGAGGAAGUGAGAAUGCCCCACGGGGUGAAGCUUGUGUGUUACUACAGCUCUGGAGCAACAGUCCAUCUCCUGGGGGCCAUUAGCCACAGCCAGGCAGGGGGACAGCAGCCACCAAAGCUGCAGGCUCUGGAAGACUUGAUGGAGGUCACCUCAGCCCUGCCCAGCCAGAGGCCCAGAAGGAGGGAGAGACCCACCACCACUCCGGGCUCUGCCAGACACCAGUGUGGCCAGGUGGAGGAUGCAAACCAGCAGCCUCUUCAAGAUGGGACAGAGGACUCAGCUCAGCUUCAGUCCCAGCAGGAGAUGAUACCCCCGGAUGCUGGGGCACGGACCAGGACCACCGUGAUCUGUGCCCUGCAGGAGGCGCUAUGGAGUCGCCUUCAGGAGCGUCCGGACUUGCUGUGGGAGGAGGAGGAGGUGGAGGGCAUCGCUGCUGGCAUCGAAGCAGCACUCUUCGACCUGACACAGGGCAUCAACUAUCGCUACAAGACUAAGUACCGCAGCCUGCUGUUCAACCUGCGAAACCCCAGGAACCCAGACCUGUUUUUCAAAGUGGUUAAUGGUGACGUCACCCCCCAUGAUCUGGUACGGAUGAACUCAUCUGAGCUGGCCCCCCAGGAGCUGUCCCGCUGGCGGGACCAGGAGGAGAAAAGGGGCUUGGAAAUCAUUGAGCAGCAACAGAAAGAGCCACAGGGACUUCCGGUCUCCAAACUGACCCACAAGGGUGAAGUUGAGAUCCUGCGGGACCUGGACGAGACGCUGACCCUGGAGGACCUGGUGGAACCCACAGUGUUUGGAAACUGCAGUCCACCAGGCCUGCCUGCCCUGACAGAGGACACCACAGACCAACACCAACAGCACUUCAUGGACCCCAACUGCCGCAUCUGUGCGGACUGGGAGGCCUCGAGCGAGCUGUCAGACUUCUUCAGAGCCACCAAGAACCAGGGGGACAGUGUUUCCCAGACAGCCCCAAGUUCAGCUCCUACAUGUUCUCCAGAGAUGCCCAACACCAGGGAGACACUUCCCACAGAGUCCCAGGACAGGUGUGGGACUGGGAGCCAGGAGCUGUCUGCCGGGCCCACAAGAGCCCUGCCCAGCCCACUGCCCUGGGAGGGUGCACUUGACAUGUUCUCCAUCAAGCGGUUCCGUGUCAAGGCCCAGCUGGUCUCAGGACACAACUGUGGGCUUGUCCAGGCUCUGCCAGAGGUGGUCCGCUCAGCAGGCUGCAUUCCUCCCAACACUGUCUGGGACCGUCUGGCUGGCAUGUGCCCAGCAGGGGCCAAGGACAUCUGUGUGGUCAGACUGUGUCCUCAUGGGGCUAGGGACACUGAGAACUGUCGCCUGCUCUACUCCUACCUUAACAACAAGCAGUGCCAUGCCCUGGGGGCUGUGGAGCACAUGGGGGUGGUUCUGCUGCCCCUGCCUGCCUUCCAGCCCCUGCCUAGCAGACUGCGCCUUCUGGGGGGCCCAGGUCUGGAAACCACUCACUCCAGUCUGUUGCUAGCUGUGCUGCUCCCCAAGGAAGAGCUUCCAGACACAGCUGUGUCCAGUCCGGUGCGGGGCAAGGCUCGAAAGACAGUCUCCUUCAAUACGAAAGUGGAGACAAGAUGUUACCAGCCAGAAGACAAAAGAUCCAGUGACACCCUGAAAGGUUCCCCUCCCCCAGGAGGGACCCUGCAGCAGAGCCAGGCCAAGGGCAGCCUAGCUCCAAGGGGCUUUUGUACUUGGCAGAGGUUCCCCAGGGGCAGGGGGAAGCUGUGGGCAGAGUCUAAGACUUGGAAGGGUCCUGGGCGAGGGUGGUGGCCCUCAGAAACCACUUGGGGCCAGCCCCGACAUCCCUAUUCAGUAGCACCAGUCAUCCAUGGCUUUGGCCAUGGCCAGCACUUCCACAAUGCCUCCUGCCUCCACCAAGGUCUGCUCCAGCACAUCGAAGCCCUGAUGUCCAUGAAUUACCAACUCCAAGCCUCACUAUGGCCCCCAGGCCAGAAGCCCCUUCCCCCACACUCUGUAGCACCUAUCCAGCUUCCUGAAGCCCCAGGGAUUCUUGGCCUCCUCUGCCAGCCCCCUGCAGCUCCAGAACCCUCUGGGCCAGACCCUGACCCCUCUUUGGGCCCUAGAGAUUGA